CCGAAAGAUGUCGAUACUAAAAAAAUGCCGCGUGCCGUUUUGAAGUUUUGCGUCCCAUUCGUACGAUAUCCUAAGCAGUGUAAAUAAAGAACAUAUGAUCGAGAACUGUUAGAACAAAAAGAGAGAGUGAGAGAAAGAGGGUGAGAAGCAAUUUGCCCCGCGGGAAAGAGAGCAAAAUGCCAUCGUUGACAAUGUGAAAUGCGUUUUGCGGCGGUAUUCGAGGUCGAAUCGGUGAAGGGGUGAAGAGAAAUCCCAUUUGUGUUGUAAGCAGGACGCUGACGGUGUUGUAUGAAUGACUUGCCCUCCGUUUCGCGAGUCGGUGUCGCAGUGGAUGUAACCUUCGUUGCACUAUGGCGAGCACGGCUGAGAGCAUUACCUGCGGUGGCUUCUUGUUUUUCAACAACUUUGAUUCGGCCAAUUUGGCUAAAGUGGAACAAGUGAGGAUACCAGAAACUUCUGACAAAGAUGUUUAUGAAAUCGAAGGUAAAUCAAGUAAUAAUUCAAAUUCUAAAGAGGUGUCAGAGUAUGAAUUUAAUUUGUGGACAAAGCACGACUGUCACGAAACACAAUUUCAAAAUAACAAUAGGACUUGGUUUUACUUUGGAGUCAGAUCUAGUCGUCCAAGUGUCUCGGUCAAAUUUAACAUAGUCAAUCUGAACAAGCAAGUUAAGAUGUUCAGUCAAGGAAUGUGUCCCGUCUUUAAGAUCGUGCCGGGACACUUGCAUUGGGAACGGAUUCGAGAAAAACCUACGUACACUCUUGACCAGAAGGGGAACGACUUUACUUUAUCGUUUCUUUAUCACACACCGGAAAAUUCAAAGGCCAUUUCUUACUUUGCUUUCACCUAUCCAUUCUCAUACACAGAUUUGCAAAAUUAUUUGAGAAGAAUUGAUAUGAGAAUGGAAAAGAGGAGUGCAAUAUGUACAGAUGAUAUCUAUUAUCACAGAGAAUGUGCAAUAAAAUCUUUGGAAGAUCGCAGACUGGAUGUAUUAACGAUAAGCUCUUACCACAACAUAUCAACGGAGAGAGAAGAUAGACUGAAUAAUAUGUUUCCUGAGAUAAGUGAGGAGAGGCCUUACAAAUUUUGGGACAAAAAGAUAAUUUUAAUCAGUGCCAGAGUCCAUCCAGGUGAAACACCAUCUAGCUUUGUCUUGAACGGCUUCCUCAAUUUUCUACUAAAUCGCGAUGAUCAGAUUGCCAUAAAUUUACGUCGCCUCUAUGUGUUCAAAUUAAUACCAAUGCUCAAUCCGGACGGUGUUGCCAGAGGUCAUUAUCGAAUGGACACUAAAGGAGUAAAUUUGAAUAGAGUUUAUCUAAAUCCUUCCGAAAUAGAUCAUCCCACGAUAUAUGCUGCAAGAAACUUAAUAAGAUAUUAUCACUAUUCCUAUCAAUUACCAAGUGAAUUGACUGACGACCUAUCAAAUAUAAACUUAGAAAUUGUGGAUAGCAACGUAAGCAUUAUAAACUCAACUACUUCGAUAGUAAACGCUGUACGUGAUACUACCACAAGACUUCUGCAACAAGUAACACUUAUGUCAUUAGACGAGAAGGACAGAUGUGCUUUCGAAACUAAGAACCAUUUGUUGACAUUAGAGUGUUUGAACAGUACAGUUAUUGAUGAGAGCCAAGAACUGCGGAAAGAGAGCGACAAAAAUGAUAACGUUACGGAAGAUAGAACAAAUAGCAAACUAACUUAUACAGCUGUAGACGAAUUACCAAAAUCUUCAGAUAAUUCUGGAUUGUUUUUAUACAUCGAUCUUCACGGUCACGCUUCGAAGAAAGGUGUCUUCAUGUACGGCAAUCACUUUACCGAUCCGGAAGAUACUAUUAUGUGUAUGCUGUUGCCUAAAUUGAUGUCUAUCAACAAUCCACACUUUCAUUUCACAUCGUGCAAUUUUGCCGAACGAAAUAUGUAUAUUAUAGACAAGCGCGACGGUAUGUCGAGAGAAGGUUCGGGACGCGUAGCGGUCUACAAGACGACCGGUUUGGUACGCAGCUACACGUUAGAGUGCAAUUACAACUCUGGUCGUUUGGUGAACACAAUACCGGCCAGAGUUCGCGAUGGCGUGAACAAAACUAUUAAUCACAUGUUUGUCCCACCGAAAUACACCCCGACGGUAUUUGAAGCGGUUGGAGCAGCAUUAGGCCCUUCUAUCCUCGAUCUCACCGGGAGCAAUCCCAACAGCCGAUUGCCGAACAGCCAAUACCGUUCUCUAAGAGGAGUAAGAUCUCAUUUGAAAUUAACGUAUGUGAACAAUCUUUCCGCACCGCUCAACAAAUCGCUGCGUAAGGACGAUGAAGGCACCAUCGCUCAGAAUACCUGUAUUCUGAAAGAAAUAGAAACGAAACUGAGCGACGCGGUGACCGGAGCGAGAAACGCUUUAAAAACCGAAGGCAAUCUGAUGAGAAAGUGCAUCCUCCGUCGCGGUGCUUCGCUUUAUACGGCGGUGAAGAGAAUCAAGGGCAAUAAGAAGCCCAGGCCAACGCUUGCCCGUCGAAAAAAUCACUGUGUCAAUGCGGAGAAUAGCGCGAUAAUCUGCGCGAUAAGAUCCGAAGUGGAAGAAAAAUCAUUUCUGAACACGAUCGAGCACUACGGCUUGAACAAGUCUAAUGUAGGAUCAGUUGUUAACGACACCCUCGAGCCGCGUUUAAACACGCACACGUGUGCAAGUAAGAAGCUGGCGGACAGUUCGGCGAAGACGCAUGUAUCUUCGGAAGAGACAGCGGUGGUCAAACAGGGCGCGAAAAGAUUGAAAAUCAUCUCGAGGAUAUCUAAGGCUCUCCCCGAGAUCGGAGAAUCGUCCUGCAAUAUGGAAGAAACUGGCGCAAAGGUAUCAUUGAGGACGUCGCGCGCUUACGAUAAACAGAGUGUCAAAGGAAUGCGCGACAGAGCCAGGAUUGGUAGAUGUAUGAAACCCAGGUCUUCCAAACUGAAAGAAAUGGAGACUGCUACCAAGGAAAGGAGUUCUGCACUUGAGCAUAAAGCAAAAUCCUAAAUGAACUCGGCUGAUAUACUGAAAAUGAGUUACCAAUUCAUAUUUUUCUUCGUUUUUACUCACUUUCUUACGAAAGAAGACACUUUCGAUUACACUACGACUUAUGAAAUCUUAUAUGUAACGUGCAAAGCGUAUAGUUAAAUCUCUUAUUGAAGUUCCUGUUUCUGUAGCCAUAUCGAAUCAAAAGCGAGAAAUAAUACAAAUUUUGUAGUUUACGUUGCAUUAUGUAUAUAAUACAACAUGAUGUGAUGUUGCUUUUGAUUA